AUGGAGAAUAUUCCGCUGCCAGAGUCACUGUCCUGUCGUCUCAGCAUCAAGAAUGGAGAACCCUUCGCUGCGUGUCGGGACAAGGUUCCGAGCAAACUGCCAGGACAAUGGAGACCUGAAUUCGACAUCUAUCUGAAGCCUAGCAAUAACGCCAAGCAAAAACAGUUUGAGAUUGCAUGCCAAGACACAGCGGCCCUUCUUGCACAAUUAAAGGAUGUCUGGAACAGGGCGAAACGGAGGCGUAAUGGGCAAGCAGGGUUUGAGCUGGAGCUUUUUGUGUACGUACCCAAGCCUGAAGCUCAGACGUCACUCCGUCGAGCUAGUGCUGCCCGUAUUCAGGAGCAAAUGCCACGUGUGGCAGCAUUUCUGAGAGAGCAGCAGGUUGACGCUGGGCCUGCGACGGAGCGAUACAUGGCCAUCACACACGCAAGAUUGCCUGAAGGGACUCCAUUACAAGUACCCGACAGUGUUACAUUCCGCCAGCUCCAGCACAUUGACUAUCGAGUCGUGCGCGUUAAGCUUCAUGGUGUUCCUGUGCCAUUACAUGUGAGCGUAAGUGAUCUACGAGAGGCGCUGGGACUACCGAGCUAUAGCUUACGACCUCCGUUUAGAGCGCCAACACAAACAGACACGCCGGCACCAGCGACCAACAUUGAAGACGAAGAACACAUGAGUGAUACCGAUGCAAAUAUGGAGUAG